AUGGAUGCUGACACGGACAUGGCGACGUCAGAGUCGGGCUUUGAAGAGCAAAAACAGGACAGAUGGUUUCCUUGCGCCGGCUGCGACUUGAUCGUGACCUGUCUAGUUCGAGCAGGGCACCCACAUCCAGGCACGCACCACUACUACUCGUACACGCACUGCUGUAAGGCGUGCGAGGAAGGGCAAGGACAUUCAGAAGACCAGUGGGCAUGUGCCAGUGUGCCCAGCUCGCUUUUCCGCACGGUUGAGUUCGAUGGCCGGAAGCAACACUAUCUGCUGCACGACCCUGGCUCACAGAAGCCAUUGCCCGUUCUGCUAUUCCUGCAUGGCGCCCACACUUACAUCUACCCAGAGACAUUGUGGUGGGACGUUCGGAAUCUGUUGGAGAACAACCAGAAAGCCCGUGAGGAGUUCAUCGUCCUUGCCCCGUUCGGCUCUGUUGGAGAGCCUGUGGUGCAUCCCUCGGAGUGGAUGAAGAGGAAUCGCUUUCAAAUCGAGGAGCCUUACGUGAAGUGCUUCGACGUCGAAAUUCUUUGGAGCUUUUUCCUUGCAGCUCUCAGGGAUUUGGGAAGCAGAGCAGAUCUCGCUCAGUUACAUGUGACCGGCUACAGCAUGGGAGGGCAGGCCACCUGGGGUCUUGCCAGCCGCUUCGGCUCUCGCCUGGCCUCGGUUGCCCCCAUGGCAGCGUGCUGUGCCUGGGCAGCCGACGCCUGGGACCACGAGGCCGCCAUCCUGCAAGAGCUGGGGAAGCUGCCGCUCUGGUUCUUCGCUGGUGAGGAGGAUGUUCGGACCGUAUCUUGGCGAGACUUCUGGUGGUUGGCUGACAAGCGCGGAUACCCUACGAAGGCCCCAACUCAGGAGAUCCAAGUGGAGGGGCAAGGAGUUGGAGCGACUCUGCAUGAUUGGGCCCCGGAUCUUCAGCUGGCCCUCCUUCGCGGUACACGGACCAGCCACAGCAUCUGGGAUCCCGUCUACCACAACGAGGCUAACUUCGGACUUUUUACACGAAUGGCCGCUGCUCGCUGCCCAUCUCCGAUGACGGCUCUGGCAGAAGGACGAACGCCAUGCCCAGCACCAGCACCGUCAUAG